AUGGCCAAUUAUCUCGCCUCCAUUUUCGGUACAGAGCAGGACAAAGUCAAUUGCUCCUUCUACUACAAGAUUGGCGCCUGCAGACACGGCGAUAGAUGCUCUCGCAAGCAUGUCAAGCCGUCAUAUUCCCAAACAAUCCUCAUGCCAAACAUGUACCAAAACCCUGCCUACGAUCCGAAGAGCAAGAUGAACCCGAGCCAGCUGCAAAACCACUUCGACGCAUUCUACGAGGAUGUCUGGUGCGAGAUGUGCAAGUACGGCGAGCUGGAGGAGUUGGUUGUCUGCGACAACAACAAUGAUCACCUCAUCGGCAAUGUCUACGCGCGAUUCAAAUAUGAAGAAGAUGCACAGGCGGCGUGUGAUGCGCUCAACUCGCGCUGGUAUGCCGCGCGACCGAUAUAUUGCGAACUGUCACCAGUGACGGAUUUCCGAGAAGCAUGCUGUCGGUUAAAUAGCGGGGAAGGCUGUGUACGAGGCGGAUUCUGCAAUUUCAUCCAUCGCAAAGAUCCCAGUGCCGAGCUUGACCGUGAGCUGCGCCUGAGCACGAAGAAAUGGCUCAAGGAACGGGGCAGGGAUGCUAGGAGUGUUAGCCGGAGUCCUAGCCCAGAGCCGACACGGCGGAGAUUCUGA